UUUUCUGUCAAUAUUAAGGAAUUAUUUACUCAAAACAUGCUCCUAUAUUUUGCUGAAUAGUCACUCAUAAGUUUUUGUCUCAAGUAUACUAAGAUAUUUGCUCUAGAAAUUAGACCAAUCAUUCUGUGUUAUCGGUCUCUAUGAAAUUCUAGUUUCACUCUUUAAAUUGAAUGAAUGAAUGAAUUAAAUUAACUUUUCAGUGAUGAUCUAAUUUUUGGAGUUGUGUACUCAGGACAGCACCACCAAACAGGAGAAGCACUUACAAAGAAGCAUAACUUGUUCAAAAGCACUCCAGUUCAAUCUCAUUACAUUUGCAUUAUCCUUGACACAACCGGCAGAAAGUUUAUGAUUAUUAUCUCCAACAACAGGAGGUAAUGAUCCUUUCAGCUCUGUAGCUUCCUGUGAGCCAUACUGUAGAAAUCAGAUUGCUUCUCACCAUUUGAAGUCUAUUCAGCUUUUAUUUGAACUUGUUUCAGUUAUUUCCAUUUUUCUCCUCUAUUAGAUCUAGUCCUGUUUAUGCAAUAUGACAAGCCUGCCAACGAUUUGCUCAUCCACAUUCAUGUAAUCCAAGCAUUUGCUGAGGAGAUUAAAAAGCUUUAACCACUUGGUCCCAUUUCAAUUAGAAAAUAAUGUGCAAAUGCACAAAUGAAUCUUUUAAAACAAUCAGAUUUUCAUGUUUUUUUCUUUGCUCAGGUUGCUUUGUGAGCUUUUUAACUGGAUGGACUCAUAGAUUAGGGAGUUUUAACAUGAAGCAAGCUCUUACCAGAAGUCAUCUGUCACAGAUGACUCCAUGGCUGUUGCUCCGGGUUUGCUGCAAAACCUAAAUUUGUGCUCGGGAGGGCGGGAUAAUCAUAACCUCGCCUCAGGCAAAAUAUGUACAUAAGCUGUGAAAAAGGGAACACUUUCAUGUUUCAGCAAGCUGGCUGACAGACUUUGGCUGUGUUCUCUGGGAGGAGUCACAGAGAGGCUGUUUACAUCCAUUCAGCUUUAAACAGAUACUCAGGAUUAGUUCAGAACUGGAAAGGAUUACUGUAGUGUGGAGGACAAGACCUGCAAGAUGCACUGCUAUGAGAGCGUGGUGAACUAUCUGAGCUGUGGGAUGCUGCUGGCAGGACUUCUUCACCUGAUCAAUCACAGGAAGGCACAGGCCUCCUAUGGACGCCACAUGAAACCCACCGCUCCGGCUAUUCUGGUCCCUGCCAGAGUUGCCUGGUUCCUGCAGGAGAUGCCAGCUCUUCUGAUGCCGCUGCUGCUGAUGCACCUUUCACGCCAAUAUUCUACUAUGGGGAGGGCCAUAUUGCUAAAGACCUUCUGUCUGCACUAUUUCCACAGGACAUUUGUGUAUUCCCUUCUGACCAGAGGACAGCCUUUCCCUCUGAGUGUGAUGGCCACAGCAGGCUUCUUCUGCUUGUUGAACGGUUCUCUGCAGGGUCACUAUUUGCUGCACUGUGCCCAGUUUGAUGAGGAAUGGUCAGCUGACUACCGCUAUACAAUUGGCUUAGUGGUGUUUUACAUCGGAAUGGCCAUUAAUAUACACAGCGAUUACAUUCUGCGCAACCUGAGGAAACCUAAAGAGAUAGUUUACAAAAUUCCAGCAGGAGGCUUAUUUGAAUAUGUGUCUGGUGCCAACUACUUUGGGGAGCUGGUGGAGUGGUUUGGCUAUGCCAUAGUGACAUGGUCCCUUCCAGGGUUCUCGAUCGCUGUUUUUAGCCUCUGUUUUAUUGGACCAAGAGCCUAUUACCAUCACAAGUACCUACAAUAUUUUCAAAAGAUUAAUGAUCCCUGUUUUUGUACUGUCGUUUAUUUUAUUCCUAAUUUCUCUUAUCUUCGUUACAGGUUUUAUAAGGAACAUUUUAAAGAAUACCCCAGGUUUCGAAAGGCUUUGAUUCCAUUCAUCUUCUGAAACAUCCUCUCAUUAACUUUUGUUGGGGAACGGUUCUAGUUUUAGCUCUAGAACACCAAACGCAUGAUAUUUUAGACACAUAUUUCUGAGAUCUCUAGUUUUAAGAUUGUUCUUUUUAAAGAUGUGCUGUGAGGAGGAAACCAGAGUACCCAGAGGAAACCCACACAUAAAGGGGGAAACCAUGCAAACUAAAUGCACAAAGCCUGCAGACUGGAAUUCAAACCCAGAACUUUAUUGCCACAAUUUGCUCACCAUGCAGCCCUUGAUCUAUUCAUGCCUUGAAGAAAAAGAACACACUCUCCUCACCUGAGGGCAGAUGUGGCUCACUGGGUAGAGUAAUAAUUUUGAAAUUGGAAUUUGUGGGUUCCAAGUCAAGUCAAGUCAAGUUUAUUUAUAUCACACAUUUCAGCAACAAGACAGUUUGAAGUGCUUCACACCAUAAAAACAUAAUAAUGUAGGUUCCAGCUUUCUCCUGUCCCAUGUUGAUGUUCCACUGCUCAAGGCACUUAACCCCGAGUUGCCUACUUGUCUGCGUAUCAGUGUAUGCAAUUGUGUGUGUUGGUGAUUGUGACUAGAAGAAUGUGAUUUUUGUGCACUUUAGGGUUUUUAAACCAUUUUGAGUUUUCAGUAUUACAAGAAAAAGACUAGAAAUUCAGUGUACCAUACAGAUGUUUGCUGUGCCUGCAUGGAUGUGUUUGAGGCCUCUACUAUUUUUAAGAAAGUUAAUGUUUUCCUCAAACUCAUUCUGUAUCAAAUUGUAUCUGUGCUUGUUAUUUGCCCCCUGAUGGAGGAUCUAGUCAGGUGUCCCCAGUCCAUCCUUUACAGCACAAGUGCCAAAGUCCAGUCCUGGAGGGCCACUGCCCUCAAACUUUUAGAUGUGCCUCUGUUGCACCCCACCUGAAUAAAAUAAUUAGGUCAUUAGCAAGGCUCUGGAGAACUUAUUUACACAAGAAGGAGGUAAUUAAGUUAUUUCAUUCCAGUAUUUUGUACCUCUAAAAUCUGCAGGACAGUGGCCCUUGAGGACUGGAGUUUGACACCCCCGCUUUACAGCUUCAGUCCCUCAACUUCUAAAUGCAUCCAUGUUUCAUCAUACUUGAGUCAAACAGCUGAAUUUACCUUCUGAGCAUAUGUUUGGGUUUUGCAAAUUCUCGUUUUUGGAAGAAUAAAGGUGCUGGUUUCGACUCCCUAUCUGGGGUCUUUCUGCAUGGAGUUUACAUGUUCUCCCGGUGCAUGCAUGGUUCUCUCCUGGUACUCCCACAAUUCAAAUACAUAACUGUUAGAUUAAAUGGUGUCUAAAUUUGUUUAUAUGAGGGUGUGGCUCCAUGGUUGUUUUUCUCUGUGUUGUCCUGAGAUGGACUGGGGAUCUGUCCAAUGACCACGGGAGAAAGGCAUCAACCCCUUGUGACCAUGAAAGAAAGUAAGCAUGCAAACUCAUUUUUUGGCAGAUGGCUUUAGGAAUCUGCAUCCAAAUUGUGGUUUCAACCCUCUUAACACCUAAUUUAUCUUUUAUACACUGAUAAUUCUGAAACCUUUUGAGGCCAUUCAAGGUCAAAACCCCUGAUGACAGAAUCUUGUUUUUGCUUUAUGACGCCUUGUGGAUGCUCUCAGAAUUGCAGGUACGAGUGACAUCUUUUAUUCAGGAAUCCAAAAUGACUGUACCCACAAAUAAACACCAAAACAAAGUAACAAACAAGAGCUUUUAAUAGUGUCCAGCAACUCAUAACAACCUAAUGUUUCAUUAAAUAUUAUAUACACCAAUAUGCACUAUACAGUGAUGUAUGCAAAUCUGGAACCAACUUCCAGAAAACUGCAAAACAGCUGCAAUACUGAGUUCCUUUAAAUCAAGGCUAAACCCUCCUGUGUUAGAGUUACCUUUGAUUCGUAGUUACAGGAACAUUGAUGAUUAUAUUUAUUUUAUAUUUAUGUGAUGAUUUUGAUUAUGGCAUUUGAUGAAAUCUAGUGUUUAUUACUUGUUUCAUAACUGGAUACUGUGUGAUAUGUUUAUGGUGUAAAGCACUUUGAACUGUCUUGUUGCUAAAAUGUGAUGUUCAAAUAAACUUGACUUGACUGGACUGGAAGAAAACUGUGAAGUAAAGGUAUUUAGUAUUUUUA